AUGAACCAAGCCCAAGCCAAGCCCGAGCCUGUUCGCAAGCGGCUUUAUUCAUUUACAACCCUACUGCGUGAGGUUAUGGAGAUAAAAAGUUUGAACAACAUGAUAUACUCAAAGGAGAGGUUGUUAAUCCCUAUAAGCAAUCCUGAUAUUCUUGUAAAUGGGACAUGCUACAUGGAGCUAGAUAGCUAUGCGAAAAGGGAAGUGGCAGUGUUGUAUCUUGAAGGUGGUCCUGAUAGAAAGUCUAGCCAUUUGCUGAAGAAGAUGACUUCUGAACAAGGGAAGAGGAUGGUUCUUGAUUCGUUGGAGAGAAGCAUGCAAGUUGAUGAUGGGACUGCCCAAUAUUACUUGUCUAUUUCUAAUGGCGAUCCUCUGGCUGCACUCCCUGAAUUUUCCGAGGACCUUAGGUGGGAGAGGCAAGAGGGCUUGGCCUAGUUUUUCAAAUACUGUCCAGCUUAGCUACUUGGGACUUGG